AUGCCUGCCGUUUGUUCAUCGGAUGGCUAUCUGAUGAACGUCUUGGAGCGUCCAAAAGUGUGUGGAUGUACUACGAGUGAGUGCGAUGGCCUCACUUUUGGUACGGUCGUUAUUACGAUUGCACAAGAUCACAGUGUAGAAGGCCACUACACUGUGGAACCAGCUUCCGGCACCUGUGUAGAGGCACAGGCUGCGCCGGAGGUUCACCACUCGAAGAGAUCGAGUGGACUGGAACACGGAUGCGCACCAAGAAGGGUGCAUCCGAGAAGAGAUAUGAGUGUUGUUCAGGAUGGACAACACGUUGAAGCGAGAUCGACUAUCAGGGAGUCGAUCGUAGAGCAAGCCCGCUCGUCUGAAAGAGAGUGGAUUGAAGAGGACGUGACCGUGAUAGUACCCAUAACGGAAGCCCCAGCGUUCCUGAGAGAAAGCACCGAUACAGCGAAUGUCUUGGUGAAUGACGGAUCAAGUGUAGGCGCUUGUACACUUGAUCUGGUUACGCCCCCGAAGUCAGCUUCGGAGGUAGUCAAGUUGCCAACGCUAGAAUCUAAAAGGUUCUUGCGAGAUCUGCGUGAUGACAAGAUCAAGCAGAUCUGA